AUGUCUACCCUUAAGGCGGCACCCGUCACUACAGCAAGGCCCACGUCCACUUGCACACCAGACCCGCCGUCCAUGUCUACCCUUAAGGCGGCACCCGUCACUACAGCAAGGCCAACGUCCUCUUACACACCAGACCCGUCGUCUAUGUCUACCCUUAAGGCGGCACCCGUCACUACAGCAAGGCCCACGUCCUCUUACACACCAAACCCGCCGUCUAUGUCUACCCUUAAGGCGGCACCCGUCACUACAGCAAGGCCCACGUCCACUUGCACACCAGACCCACCGUCUAUGUCUACCCCUAAGGCGAAACCCGUCACUACACCAAGGCCAACGUCAACCUCCACACCAGACCCGCCGUCCAUGUCUACCCUUAAUGCGGCACCCGUCACUACAGCAAGGCCAACGUCCACUUGCACACCAGACCCGCCGUCCAUGUCUACCCUUAAGGCUGCACCCGUCACUACAGCAAGGCCCACGUCCACUUACACACCAGACCCACCGUCCAUGUCUACCCUUAAGGCGGCACCCGUCACUACAGCAGUGCCCAAGUGCUCUUGCACACCAGACCCGCCGUCCAUGACUACCCUUAAGGCGGCACCCGUCAUUACAGCAAGGCCAACGUCCACUUGCACACAAGAACCGCCGUCCAUGUCUACCCUUAAAGCGGCACCCGUCACUACAGCAGGGCCCACGUGCUCUUACACACCAGACCCGCCGUCCAUGUCUACCCUUAAGGCGGCACCCGUCACUACAGCAAGGCCCACGUCCAUUUACACCCCAGAUCCGCCGUCUAUGUCUACCCCUAAGGCGGCACCCGUCGCUACAGCAAGGCCCACGUCCACUUGCACACCAGACCCGCCGUCUAUGUCUACCCUUAAGGCGACACCCGUCACUACAGCAAGGCCAACGUCCUCUUACACACCAGACCCAACGUCUAUGUCUACCCUUAAGGCGGCACCCGUCACUACAGCAAGGCCUUCGUCCUCUUGCACACCAGUCCUGUAA